UGGUGGUGCGGUUGUUGUUUAUUUUGCGUCUUCUCCAGUAAAGGGAAACCCGCCCGCAUAGGAUACGCUGGUUUACAAAACAGGGUUACCCGUACGAGUUAGCAUCUACUGUAACCAUGGAAGCUUAAUGUGAAGUCGACUGCAAAAUGGUAGCUAGCUCUAGCUAGAGCUAGGUACUAUAGAAUUGAAGUAACACCAGAUAGCUAGCUAGCUCCAGAAACGUAUGAUUUUUAAAAUACCUAUACUAAUAUGUGCACGAAAAUGAAUCGAUUCAAUCCGGCUCUUUCAGUGGACGAAUACCUUGGCGAGACGAAUGUGCUUUUCUACCUAAAUGAUGCAGUGACUCAACUACUGGAACACAAGGAGGAAUACAUCCAGUUUGGCGUGGUUCGGUACUUUGCUGAGUACUUUAGCAGUGUGAAGAAUGGCAACCAUGUCCUCUUCAGGGAGUACAGCUACAUCAAGGCCACACCUCACAACAGGGCCUCCUUCAUCCGAGUCUUCUGGAGGUGCUACAGGCAGAUUGGGAAGAAUGGAGACCUCCUGGCCAUGCUAGAGUAUAGUUCCCUGCUGCAGCUCCUCUGUCCAGACUUCCCACUGGAGAUGGUUCAGAAUGCAGCCAGGAUUGUUCUGAUGGAAGAUGCCAUGGACUGCCUGCUGUCCUUUUCCGACUUCCUCUACUCAUUCCAACUGCAGUUCUACUUUGAGGAGUUCCUGGAGAGUGUUUCCAUGAUCUACCAGGACCUGCUGUCAGGCAAAAGCCCCAACACAGUCAUCGUUCCCACCUCCACCUCAGUGGAGCAGCUCCACCCGGUGGCGGCUGAGGAGGACGACACCCAGGAGGGGGUGGACUCCUGUCUGUUUGGGGAUUGCAUAGAGGGCCUCUGUGAGAGGUUCAAACACAGCCACCCCUCCACCCCAGCCAUCAGAGAGGUCCUGGAGCAGAGCCAGAAAGUCUCAUUCUACAGCUUCCUCAUGGCUCUGGCAAGGCAUGAAGGCAUCAACCAGGAUAUUGGCGCUCUGCCCAACAAGGCUGAGCUGCUCAUUGACCCAGAAAUGGACCAGGAGGUGGAGAAGCUGAUCUCCCAGGUCGCCAUCAGCCCCACGUCCAACAGCAGCAGCAGUGCUCCAGGGCUGAAGGAGCCCCCCAGGAAGGCUUCCCCUCGCAAGUCCCUGCACCACCGCAAGAGGAUUGAGAUGGAGAGCGAUGGCUCCACAGAGGAGACUGACUCCUCAGAGAACUGACCCCCGACUCCCUCAACCCUGGACCUCCUCCGCCUUUGACCUUGUCCCACCUCUGACCUCUACCAAUCCCUGUCCCCACCCCUGACCUGCUGUACCUUAGACCCCUCUGCUGAACCCUAACUUCUAACCUAGACCUAUAGACCAAGAGCGUGCUAAGUCACACACUCACUGGGUAUUUUGCUGUGGCCUACAGUCACACAAAUCAUCUGUAGAGCAUGACUACUGUCUGGAGCUGGUAAUGUAUCCUGUAGAGAGAAACCAGAUAAAAACUCUGUAGAAAAAAUGCAGUUAAUGUGAUUGUAAAUAAGAAUAUUAGCUAUCUUAUUCCAGCUGUCUGUGUAAAUAAA